AUGAACGGACAGGUGACGACAUUGUGGAUAUUUGAUUUGAACCUUGAGGUGGCAUACCAGUCAGUGCAAUCAGAGCGUGUCUUUGAGCUCAGGAAGACCGAACUGUCCACGAAGUGUGACGUCCACGUAAGUCGUAAAACUUCGGUGACAGGGUUUCUAAUCCUGGACUUAAUUAAUGGAUGCAGACCGUCCCCAGACUACGAAACGUUAGAAUUUUCGCCUACUGAGAUAUUUACGGCAGUUUAUGCAUCUCACAAAACAUAAAUCAAAAUUAUUAAGUGUACUUUCCGUUAUGAAGGACUAUUUAAGUGGGUUGUGAUAUUGAGCGACAUCUAGCGUAAUUUCACGAAAUCUCGGUUUCACCGGAAUGCCGGCUUUUGAAUUUACAUCCUUCCCACUGCGUAUAGAAAUUCUACGCAUCAAACUGGGUUCUUAGAUAAAGUGGUUUGUUUGCUGAUUCUCUAUAUCUCUACAAGCCUUAACAUAUUUUACGGAACUUGGGCACAAAACUGUUCUUCGUUGAGGUCAUUCAGCAGAACUCACGCUUUUUAAAUCUUUCGCUCAAAGAAACGCCAUCUUUUGGUUUAAAACACUGAUAAUGCGAUUGUUUAAGACAUCGUAUCAAUUGACGUAUUGAUGAUCCUUUUAUGUUGUACAACAUGGUCCAAAUCCAUAGCAAAUUUCUUAAAGCGCGGAUGGUUCUUUCUUAAUAAUACAGAAAGACGUUCAAAUUUCUUUAAAUGGAGAGCGGAGAACCCCGGCAUCAAGUAAAAUGACAGUUCGGGUCCAAAAUUAUUAGGGAAUUGAAGAACAAUUAAAAACUGAGAGAUGCAGAUUCUUCGAGCAGAAAAUAUGAAAAAAAUAUAAUUUGCUACAAAAUGCACACAAGGUGUUUUGUGUCUUAUCUCUGUAAAGUAAGUUUUAAUUUAAAAGGACAUACUAAAUCAAUCGCAAAUAUGCGCACAAUUUAGGUUUUCUGUAGGCGGUCAGAAUGACAUACAUUCUGCGUUCUACUCAACAUCACAGCUGACCAGAGCAGUACUCUCUAACCGAAAUCACAUCCCAAAUUUUCGGUCAAUGUUCUAUACCAUACGCCACUUACUGAAGUCACGCUGGAGAUAUGCGGAUGAAAAUUGCGCGCAAGAUGAUAAAGAGGACUAGACUGUCGAUGGACAUUUCCCUAAUAAGGGACACUAGGCAGGAAGACCGGGAAACUGUUGACAAGGGCCAACGGCCAAGAAAGACUUACGUCAGUCAGGGAAAUUCGCAAGAAAUUGUCGCAGUCGAUGGUUUUACGCAGACCUGCUAAGCAACUCGUUUGUGACGGCAUGGAAACUAACUCCUUUAAAUCGUGCAUUCCCGUGUAUUACCUUCCUCUACACGGUUCUGUUGCUUUAAGUAUAUUCUAAAGGACUCUGAACUGCGCCUAACCCAGUCCUUCGGAUAUAUAUUAUAAAUUGGUCAGUAUAGUUCCAUUUAUGAUCAGCUGGCUGAGGACAUUUUUAUCGCCUAUUUUCAACCAAACUCGUUUUCCUACUGGGGAUGUCCUCUGUUGUCUCUGACUUAAUGAGCACUUUCAGCAAAAUGUAUCCUGCUUUUAUUGCCAAGUGCCAGCAAGGAUUUCGGAAAGUCCUUCCUCUCUCAAAGCUGGUGGUAGUAUAUGUCCGGAGAGUGGCCCUUUACUUUGUCUAGUAAGUCGACUUCGUCAGACAUUUACUAAGAGGUGGUGUGGGAGAUCCCCGCGCAUUUGUAUGUACCUAAAUGAAGAGAAGUUUAGGUUUGUUAGUUGGGUUACAUAGGGCAAGGAUCUUUAACCCUAGACAAUUUCGAUUGUCCUUCUUUGAUCCUUUUCGAGAGUACUUUGAUUUUGGUUUGCCCAUGGUCUCCAGGCUUCCAUAGCAUAUUUUAAUUGCGUCCCCACGACUGGUCCGUAUAUUUUUGCAGAGGAGAUCAUAUCAUAUGCGAAAAAGGUUAUCUUGAUAGCGUGCCACACGCACGUUGAACUUUUGUCACCCUGGAGCGAUCAGCGGAAUGUUUUAAGGAGUUUGCCAUCCGUGCACCAUCUCCCUUUUGUGCUUGAACAUCUUGAAACGCUGCACCGCCGAGAAAAUAGUUUCUUGAGUCAUCAGAUUUGACUGGGUUACCUAGGUGAGGUAGGGGAAGCUUACCGACGUUGGACCGAAGGCGCCAACGAUUUGACCACGCCUCUUGUCAGUUUAGAUUGGUCUGUAGUUUAUCUUUAUCGGAAGGGCUUCGGAUUGCACGCAAAAUCUUCAUGUCGUCCGCAAAUAUUGAUGUUUCACAGUUCAGAUAACUUGCGAAAUUGUCCACGCGUAUUAGGAGCAUAUACGGUUUUAGCGCUGCACCACUCUCUACCGCAGCAGGACUUAGUUUCUCUUGACCUAUGCGCACAACCUGCGCCGACGCACAAUAAAGUUUUCGAUGCACUUGAGAAGUUGACCUCAUGUACAUAUUGUUUUGAGUUUGUCAAAAUUCGUCGGCGGAUCUUCAGUUCGGUUAAUUUCAGUUUACUGAUGGAAAUAGGCAUGAGCCUAUGAUUACCCUAUUUGCAACGUAAAAUUGGGGGCGAUGUAAAGAGAAAAAUGUGUGGGUUUAAAUAAUACCAAUGGACCCAUAGUCUUUUGAAAAAUCGCGUGUGAGUCUCGAGGGUUGAACUGAGUCUCACAUUGCUCUUGCUAAUUUUGUUUUUAAAGCUGUCUAUCGAUGGUGCCAUCACAACAGCUGCGGGACCGGCAUUCCUAUGACCACUCUGCAAAGAAGGAAAACUGCCGCACAUCCAGCCUUGCCUGCUGAGUGCGCAGUUUUGACGGAUGAUCUCGGAGUUUGGUCGUGCUAGCAAAUUCUUAAAUUCCUUAAAGGCCAGGCUGCAUCCCAGUCCUUUCACAAUGGGGAAUGCUUUUAAGGGAUUCCUGAGCAGUUAAAUAAAUAAAUAAAUUUUAAUUUAAUGCCAGUUUACAGGCAUUGUCAAGGGAAGCGAUUAAACACAAAUCCGACCUCGCUUUGUCUGUUAGGAUAGAUUGGAAAAACUAUAUAAAAAUGUCAACCUUAAAUAGGGAAUUGGAUGUAGAUUCCUUGUGUUUAUAUGAUGCAGCUUUAGAGUAGAUUCGGGAUGUACGUUGCUUUCUUCAGCACAUUUUUCUUGAAUUGUCGAUAUAUUCCGACGAUCAAGCUUCUCACACUGUUCUUUGUGCCUUGCAUUGAAAAGAAAUUGCAGGGUCUGGAUGCUGUCAUCCGGUCAUCAGUUUUCCGUGUUUCAUCUGGAGACCUAAGAACGUGGGUAUGUUUCCAGGUUCUUUUAUUUUUUCGUAUGAGGCCACAUAAGACAUUGUGUUAUUCCAGUAGUUUCUAGAUAUUUUUUAUUCAAAUUUACUUCUUACUUUAUUAACCUCCCUUCUACAAAUGUCUCAUUGUUUCUUAUAUUCGCGCAAGCGCUAACGUGUGCCAGUUAGUCAUUUGCGCUACCUCAAGUGAAUUCUUUUUUUUAAAAAUAGGCCUGCACUUCCCAUUUCAUCCACUUCGGGUGGUUAACGAUUUUCUCUCUUCAAAGAAUACAAUAAUGGCCAAGAUUACUUCACAGAAAUUAGUUGAAAACUCCCCAAUGAUCAUAUAAUGUGCAAGCAAUUCACCUCCCAUCAGUGGAUAGUUGUUAGGGUCCUUUGGUCAUGAACAUUAUUAAGAGUUCAAAAGAUCAGCCAGGAAAACCUUAAAUAAAGCGAAACGAUCAAGUAAAAAUAAGGAAAGGCGAGAAGCUGCAUUUGUUGAAGGAAAAUUGAUUGAAAAUAAACAUGUAGUCCUUAUUCGUGUUAUAUUAGGCUGAAAUGUGGGCGGACGGAACAAAGUAAAACUUGCGGCGGAUAUCUCGGGACCGAAGAUAGGGCUGGGGAGUAAUUGCGAUGAUAGUCAAUGGCAAUAGGACUUAAAGUGGAUAUUUUUAAUUUACUUAGGGGUCUCAGUCGUUAUAACUGUGUCGGUCCGUGUAAAAAGACACAUUGAAGUCGACCACCUACCUAUUGAAUACAUAUUUCAAUGUUAAACUUGGCGUAGAUGGGAACGUAAUCCAUAUUAGCGUCAUGUGUAUUUACCAAUGUAUACAGUGAUUACCAAUAUUACUAUCUACUCGACCGGAUUGUCUUUUCUACAGGAGAGGCUUUGAUAUCAAUGAAAGUAAGAGGAAUGAUGAUGCAAAUCAAGUCACAAUAGGGGGCUCGUUAAGGUACUAGCCCGCCAAACACAGCCCAGCAGGCGGGCAGACAGAAGGAAUCGAGCAAAACCUCAUCCACGAUGCGGUUUCAUGUGCCUACUCCUUGCCUAGCCACAAAGGAGGUUUGUUGUCUUGUCCUCUGAUGCACACUGGAUUCACUUCUUAGUAGUGACGACUGAGAUCGUUAGUCCUGUGUGGCAUUCCGUCCCUCUGAAGAGCAUUAUGCUGGUGGAAAAAUACUAAACCUCUUUUUGCCAAAUACUGGGUCUGCCCCCUGUUUUUUUUGCUUUUUAUCGCGUUACUCACUCCCGAAUCUUGUACAUGUCCACGCUCGCCCGUAAUUACUUCUUCGUUUAACAUAUGCGAGUCCUGACAUCUAUAUUUGUCUGUUUAUGUGGAUUAUUGUUGGGAAUGAUGAUAGAGCUUCCAUUAUUAAAUAUGUAUGUAUUUCCACGGAGAAUAGCUGCUUUUGGGCAUAUUUUAGAGCUACAGUAAACCCGUAGGAGAAAUCAUUCUUGGUGCAUUUAUUCUUGUUGCGUUCGCCUAGUGUUGAAUGUGUCGUUUUCUUUUUGUCUACAACCCCUUCCGCAUUUCUUUUUUGAUCUAUCUGGACGGUUAACAUGCCGCGCACGUUUGUCUAUGCUGUCCAUAGAUCUGGUGGCUGCAUUCCCCUAUUCUCGGUUUUUACAGAUAGACAAGCUCCAUCAUAUCCAGGGGUCAUCUAAUGCCCAUUUAAUUUUUAAUAUCUGGCCGAACUUUUGAAAACUCGCUGCCGGUAGUUUCCAGGUCGCAUAUAAGCGGCGCUGAAAGAUUCCACCAUAGUAGCUUUGUGUAUAUCUGCAUUUUCAAUGGUAAGUCUAGCUAUCCGUCUCCACAGUUUGCCGCUUAAACUGGCGGCCCAAAUAACCUGUCUCAUGUAGCGUCAUCUGUACUCCCGAUGAAAACGCUUACCUGGCUUUUCGCUUCUAAUAGUUGAAACUUCCAGAGUGCUGCUUAGCUGCACUAUCAGAUGUAGGUUUUGUUUCCGUUUGACCGAAUUUUCACCGAUUUCGCCCUUUUGGGUACUCUUACUUGGCAUUAAGAAGUGUCACUUGAUUUGACAGGCAUUUCCUGUGUCAGGGCUUUUGUUACUGUUAAUUAACUCUGUCGAUGUAUAAAUGGUCGUUUACCAUCCUAGUUCUCAUUACUCAGUUCUUGGAAUGUAGACCGCCGUUAGCCCUAACGGCGAUAUGACUUUUCAUUUACUCGGGUAUCCAGUCACGUGUGCCAAUUGGUUAGUUGUCUGAGUGAGUGAUCUGAGGUCGUAGGCGCUCAUAGGUUCUCACACUCCUGGUUAACGAACCAUCGCUCAUCAGUUCCCACCUAUGACUUCUUAAAUUAACACCUUAGUUAAAGAUUUCCGUCCGGCUAUCUAGACACAGAGUAGUAUCUGUUCCUGUUUCCUCUCACCUGUUUGGUGAGUAACCACAAAAUGUCUCAUCUGAACACCAAUAUCUAAGUUACGAUAGGUUUCUUGUCCUUGUUUUCACGCAAAUUUAGAACCUUCUCCUGUGAUUUAAUGGGUCGGUUAUCAAUGUCCUCACUCUUUGCUGUCGGUCCGGCCUUUUACUAGUAUGACCAAUAGGACCCUUUUUGUCUGCUCUAACGAUACGGUGUUCUUUUCCAAUGAGGCGCAGAACGUAGGGUAUUCUCUGGUCGGCCGUUAUUGGCUUUAAUUGCUAGUUGCCUGUUUUCUAAGGUCUCGAACUCUCCAGAGAGGAUAAUUGAAUUUCAAACACUACUUACUGAGAAUUUUUGUUUUUCUAGUCUAGAAAAUACUUCGACAACUUAAAGUGCUCGGCUAGAAAAUUAGUGGCCCCGUCCCAUAGUUGCAACAAUCGCUGUCGAACAUGCGGCCUUGGCAAAACAACGGUCAAGUAUCUUUAGAGAAAUAUAAGAAAACGUGUUUUCGGUAAUUCAUCAGGCCAAUGCGGUUACAUAGAGAAUGAAAAUAUGAAAACUUAAAGGGUGUGAGCGUUGUUUGUUGGUUGAGCACGCGGAGUGCACAUCGGUUCACAGGGGGUUGGAGUGACGUACGAUCACAACCGAGUCGGAAUUGGCCACGGAGGGCAUAACGCCUGUACCGCUGUCUUCUACGAACAUGACGCUGGAUUCGCUGGCCGCGUAACCACUGCCUCCGCCGUAGCUAGCACCUGUUGGUGUAGGCCUUUAGAGAAGUUUACUAGUGUCCGAUAGACGACGUGGAAGGCUUAUUUGGCCUCGACUCGGCAACUCGUACCGACUAGAUGUGCGAGAAUAGAACUUGAAAUCGAUCUGUUUUUACCUUUAUCUACCCAGGCCGGUAUGUGUUCACAUACCCUCUUUUCUAGGCACCUCUUUGUAAGACCGGUGUAUCCCGCUGCACAGCAGCAAACGAAUAAGCAAAUACACGUUGACGUGGCUUACAACACUAGUCUACUGCACGUCUGACGUCUUGAAGAGCAAUUCUGACUCUCCGUCCCCAAAAACUGGUUGAUCCGGUAGAAGGCAGACACUAUAGAAUCUCUAGUUGGGACGAACCGUUUUACAUAUUUAACAGGCCAUCCACACCGUCUACGGAUUGGCCUUUGCCCUCCUCCCCCGUCGUCAACACGCCUUGUCUCGCACCCCUAGUUCUCAUCUGGAUCGGCAAAGCCAACUAACCAUCUGAAGCACCAGUAUGAUGAUCAUUCGACCUUGUUCCUCGGCCGAAAUGGAGACCAUUCGGCGAGCGAACGCAGUCUUCCCGCUAAAAAUAGGGUUCUUUAUCAUUCUUCUUGGAGGUUAUUUUACUUUUUAGUAGUUUUAAUGUGCGAUUUUCGGACAUAGCAUUUACGAUUCAUAAUUUUAAUUGCCUACCAGUCAACCGAAGAAGAAAAAUUUGAUCGCCACUUACUAAGAAACACCUCAAAAGCCUACGAAAAACGGCUGAGUGAACGAAAGGCGGCUCUUGAGCUCCAAAGGCAGCGGGCUCUUGAGGCCACAACCGCCCUGGUGUUCCAGCUGAGCAACAACCUCAAUGACGAUGUCUCUCGGGUCCGUGCCUUCUUCUUGCUUUCUUGCAUCCCUUUCAGCAGACUGGUACCCAUCGUCACAGACUGCUCUAUUUCCUACCUUAGGCUUACCGAAACCAGUGCCGUUUGAACGCUGAAGUGAAACGUCUGCACCGGAAUGCUCACCUUUUCACAAACGAGGUCAACAUGUGGGUCAAGGAAGUCACGGACUUCAAUCGAGCCCUUAAGGAGCUUGGUGACGUUGAGAACUGGUCUCGAAAGCUCGCUGUGGAUGUUCAGAUCUUGCAUGACACUCUUCAACUAGUCAGUGAUGAAGGCUGA